UCUGCAGAGGUCACAAGUCAUUUUGCGAUGAAAUCGAGACAAGCCACCAAAGCACUAGCCAUGAACUGCCUUAUCCUGGUGACGGUCCUGAGCAUCCUUGAAGGCGCUUGGGGCAAGCUUCCCAUGUCCCAGUCCGCGAUGCCUGACUGGCGGUACAGUGAUCACCACUACACGAGCGCCCAGUAUGCCAAGAUCCUGGGGGAUUCUGGCCUGGGACAGGACAAGGAGGACAACGGCUUGAAUCUGAAUGCUCUGCAGAUCCAAUACGUGGACUAUCAGCCACAUUGCAUGCCCGGUGGCAUUCCGGUUUGUGCCACAAAUGGCACGGACAACUUUUACUUUGAAAACGAAUGCCACUUGGAGGCACAUAACCUGAAGAUGCUGUUUCAACACGGAACUGAACUGGAGCCCACGGAUCUGGAGAGGUGCACUCCACCCUGCCACACCAUUAAGUGCACAAAAGUUAGUCGUCCUGUUUGUGCACUGGCAGAAAUUGUCAACUCGAAGCCCCAAACUUUCGUCAAUGAAUGCGAAAUGAAGAGAUACGGCUGUGAAAGCAAGUUGGUCGUUCGUAUUCUGCACCAAGGUCCUUGCCAAGUUCCCACAACCAGACCCAGGAAGCCAAAGAAUCAGAGACGUCAUAAGCCUCAGCGUCCUGCCAAAAGCCGCAAGGAGAAACCUCAGAAGAUAUAUAUUCUCCUCGCCACCACCACCCCAAAAAGCAAGCCCUUUAGAGCCCAUGGCACCACCAGAAGGACCACCCCUAGAACCCCCAGAAUCACCACUAGCACCACCACCACUAGCACCACCACUCCCAGCCCCAUGAAAUUUCAACAAAUAAUGAACCAGAAACAUCCCAUGGUCUCCGUCUCAAGGGCAGAGAGUGCCUAUAAUGUCUACAACAUACCCGAUGUGGGUCAGGACUAUGAGGAGAUAACUGAUUCCACUCUGUCCAUGUUCUUGCCAGAAGUGGGUCAUGUCACGGCUGGCUAUAGCAGCAGCACCACCACAAGUACUACGAGUACCACUAGCACCACCACAGAGAAUCCUUUGAGAUGGACAACCACCAGAGUGCCCAGCUCUACGGAAGAGUAUAGCACCACGGAGAAGAGCACCACCGAUAUGCCAGAAAUAGAAUCUACGAUCUAUGAAAGCAACACCACCCAGCCAAUGGAAAGCACCACAGGAAAAUAGCGAUAAUUUUUCAUUUAAUAUUUAUUUUACAAGGAU